AAGAUAGCAUCCACGCCUACGUCAUGCUAUCCGAGCCUUUGGCCAGUGAGCUGCCACCGGAGCUCGACCUUCUUGUCCAACUCGCCAGCGACGACAACCGCCCGACGGCCAUCCUAGACUCGUCCAAAUCGCGACCCCUCUGUCUCUUCAAGAAUCUUGCUUUCGAACACGCCCUCGCUCACGCCCCGUCACACGCUCUAGAAGAUUGGCUCUCCAAAGAAUUGAGCACUCCUUGUACCACAAAGGCAACGCCGGCCACAGGCUUCGCAAACAGAGAAUGGACCAAGAAAAAGCUCGGAGAGACAUAUCUCGUCAUAUACUGCAAACACGUUUUCGUGUCACCUCCUGGCGAGAGUGGACAUCGUGGCCCUCUGGACAGUCUGCUUCAUGAUUGGAUCAGGUUUCCAGAUCAGGUGCCCAUCAACCCUUGGAUACGCUAUCUGUUGGAUUACGACUGGAGCAAGACCGCCAUAGGAACCCUUUGUGGUCCACACAUCUAUCAAUGGCCUACACAGCUGCGUGAGAUACUGAUUAGCUUUAUGCACUGUCCACGACCAAGGAUUGUCUACUGGGGCCCAGAUCUGAUCCAAUUCUACAAUGAGUCUGCUGCAAAGCUGUUCGGUUCCGGACAUCCUGCCUCACUAGGCAACAAGCAGGUCGAUACCUGGGGUCAGGCCAUGAAGGACUAUACAACAGAGCUGAUCCGAACCAGUUGGGAGGAAGGUCGAUCUGUUCACAAUAAGGAAAAAAUGAUGUUGCUUGAGCGCGAUGGCUUUCCUGAAGAGUCGUAUUUCGAUUGGUUCUUGCUUCCCUUUACUGGCUCCGACGGUCGCUGGAUCUGCUCUGUAAAUUGCUUCAACGAAGUGACGUCUGAAGUCAUCCGAAGGAACAGAGAGGAUGUCUCCUUUAAGCUCCUCGAAAAGACUACGCACGCUACAGACCUUUCUAGCCUCUGGCUCGAAUAUUCCGGCAUUCUGGAUGAAGAAGCUGACGAUGUAGCUUAUACACUCCUGUAUAAAGUGCAAGAGGAGGUGGCCGAAACCAACGGAGGAAAGCAGUACAAAAUAUACGCUUCUUCCGGUCUAAAUUCACACGCCGCCUUGGAGAAUCCAUCUAGAGAGUUGGUCGAGGUAUUUGAACAGGCAGAAGGGGGUGAAAACGUCAUCGCAUUGACAGGCGACAAGUUUUUGCCAGAGCUCGGUAUCACCCUGUCUGAAUACGGCACAGUCACCUCAGCCUUCGUUUUUACCAUAUUCGACGCGAAAGGCUUAGCUCAAGGCUCAGUCGUCGUAGGCGCAAACCCUCGGAGGCGAGCUGACGAAAAAAUGAAGAGAUUCAUAUACUCGCUAAGCGAGAUUCUCCUCAAAGCGGUCAUCAUACUGCAAUCUCCUUCAGACCAACGUAAAUUGCUGCAGGCAGAUGACAGUCUCGGAUAUCGCAUUCAAUUGGAGAAGCUUACCAGACAGCUGAGCAUUGCUACUCUGAAGAAUGAGAAAAACCAGGAGACAUUCAGCCGCAUGGCAGAAGAUGCCCCGAUUGGCAUGUUCUUGUACGCAGGCGAUGGCACACCGAUCUAUAUGAACGAUUCAUUCCUUGAACUCCUCGGUGAGACAAGAGAGGACUUCACAGAAAAGUCGAAGACAGGACAGGCUUGGCGAGACUGUAUUCAUCCUGAUGACGAAGAGUUUGGUAAAGAAGCCUGGAGAGCCGCUGCAGAAUCUUAUGGAGUCCAGGUGUUCCAGUUUCGUGUCAGGGCAGGCACCGAGUCGUCACCUACUCGCGCACGCUGGCUUGAAGUCGUGUGCUUCCCACAGCGUGAUGAGAAUGGUAUCUUAGUGACGAUUCAAGGCUACCUCACAGAUAUAACAACGAAAAAACUGACUGAAGCUCUUACAACCGAGAGGAUGAAUGCAGCGAUCGAUACGAAAAGAAAGGCGCAGAACUUUAUAGACAUGAUAUCGAUGCGAAAUCCUCUGAGCAGCAUCAUACAAUUGACAGAAUCUGUCAUAUCGAUUCCAGCAGAAACCUUGCCUGCUGAGGUGUUCGACACCGUGGCUGACGCAGCCCACACUAUCAACAUCUGUGCUCUGCAUAUGAAGGUGAUAAUCGACGAGGUUCUUGAUUUCUCUAAGCUGGACUCGAACCUUUUGGUACUGGCUCCGGAAAGAACAAGACCUCGAGAAGUGAUUGAGAAGGCACUCAAAAUGUUCGAAGCCGAACUAAAGAAGGCCGACAUUGAGACCGAAGUUGAAGAGUUACCGAGUGAAUGCAUCGUGGCAGAUGUGGUGUGCGAUCCGAGCAGAUUAUUGCAGAUCAUCAUCAACCUCAUCACAAAUGCCUUGAAAUUCACUCGAAAUUCUGAUACCCGCCGCAUCACGUUGGCCCACGGUUGCUUUUCGGUCCCACCCUCAGCACAGGACUGCGGAGUCCGGUUCAUCAAACCGCGCAAAAAGACUUUNGAUGAGACUGAGACUGUUUCAGCAAUGCUUUCUGCUGAGGACUCGGAUGAUGGCGCUGACGAUAUCUACCUGAUGUUUAGCGUCACAGACACCGGUUGUGGCCUUACAGCAGAAGAAUCGCAACUCCUGUUCCAAAGAUUCGCACAAGCGCCCAGAACGUACAAGCAGUAUGGUGGGUCUGGAUUAGGCCUGUUCAUAAGUCGCGAGCUCGUGGAACUUCANAAAGGUCAGAUCGGUCUGCACAGCGAACCUUCAGUUGGUAGCCGAUUUGCGUUCUACAUCCAAGCCAAGCGCGCCGUACGAUUGAGUCGUUCUGGUUCUGUUGCAUCUGUCGAGUCCACGAUCAGCGUUAAGACCCUGCUACGUUCUGUGGGUGGAACAUUUGACGCUGUCAAAGUUCUUGAAAAGAUCGACACUGCACCUCAAUCAAAGACACUGGUGAAAGAUAUGCACGUUCUGCGUGAGUAUAUUCAGGUCUUUGUCAGAGGUCCUACUAACACGUCACANGUUGUCGAGGACAACUUGAUAAAUUCGAAGGUCAUGUCAAAACAAUUGCGCAAACUGGGUUGUCAGGUCGAAGUAGCCGAGAACGGUCUCGAAGCCCUCGACUAUCUAUCUAAAACCACAUAUAUUUCGAGCACGAAGAAGGCCAUGCCACUGAGUAUGAUCUUGCUUGAUGUCGAGAUGCCCAUCAUGGACGGGUUGACCUGUAUACGUCGCAUCCGCGCGCUCGAACAGUCUGGAGAAAUAUCUGGUCACGUCCCUGUGAUCGCAAUCACGGCGAAUGCUCGCAACGAACAAAUCGCUUCUGCGAUUGAAGCUGGAAUGGACUCGGUGGUCACGAAACCAUUUACUAUAAAGGAUCUUGUGCCGCAGAUGGAAGCCCUGGUCGACACGUGGUCAGGACAUGGA